GUCACAUUUCAUCGUGUAAACAACAAUCGAAAAUGGUUGGGUGUAAAAUACAAAAUUGUCCAAUAAAAAGAGGAGAAUGUACAAUGUUUAGUGUGCCCUUCGAGCCAAUUACCCGCAAAAUAUGGAUUGAUAUCAUUGAAAAAUAUCAAGAAUUCGACUACAUACCAAUGGUAUUUCCCCUUUGUGAGUUACACUUCGAUGCCAGCGAUAUUAUUCGGUAUGGAAAAAGGACCAAAUUGCAAUCAGGAGCAGUGCCUAAAUAUUUCGAAAAUCUCGACUUCGAUCGGCUGAACAGAAACGAACCAAACAAAAAUUAUAAUCCCAAAAAGAAACACAAGAAAUCUGAAGGAGCAAGUGAGGAAAUUGAACCAAAUUUUGACUUUGUAUCAGUUGAAUCUAUCGUCAAAAAUGAGCCGGACGCAAUACCACUUAUGCGAUGCAAGUACACAAACCGAAGACGUAGCGGAAUCACCGAAUGGGAAAUGCCAUGGCAGUACUUCAACCGAAUCAGCUCAAUCACAAAGGUUACCCCAAUCGAAAAUGGACACCGCAAAUAUAUCUUCUAAUGAAAACGAAGUGACCGUUUGUAUCAGUCAACGAGAAUAUGCCCGUCUCUUACUGACUGAUUUGGAAUGCAUCAAAGCAAACGAAAAAAUCAACCGUUUAAAACUCAAGUGCCAAGCAAAAGCAAAAGAAGUCAAACAGUUACAAGACUCACUCUCUUACCAUAAAAAGAAAUUAUCGGAGUUAACAAAACACUCACAACAGGAAUGACCGCGAAAUUUCAUUUACUAUUCGAUAUCUUACAAUAUAACUAAUUUAUACAAUCGAAAUAAACAAAAAUUUUCUGUAUAUAGGGUAAGAUGGAUGCUGUUGAUCUCCUAAGCCAUUCACACUUUUUAAGGAUUCAUUUUUGCCGUUUCUCUCUUCGCCUUAUCAGCCAACCAUUCCUCUCCAUGUUGCUGUUUUCUAUGUUUGUACAUGUUUGGCCUCCAAAUGAACGUCUCAUCACAAUAGGUGCACUUGUAGCUGGUCUUGUUCAGAUGCGUUGCGAUGUGGUCCUAAAGUAAAUGUCGAAAUUUUCUUUAAAAGUGUCAUAAACGACAAAUUUGGUACGAAAAUACACACCUUCAGUGUUGCUUGUGACUUGAACGACUUCUCGCAUAAAUGGCAUUUAAAUUUCGAUUCACAGUGAACCACGCGAAUGUGCUGUUUCAAUGCAUUUGGAUUAGGGGAAAUUUUAUCACAUUGAUUGCAUUUCUGCGGCUCUGAAUCGUGUGUCAAUUUAUGUUCAGCCAAUUUGUAUUGGUUCGAGUACCAUCCGUUGCACACAUUACAUUGCCAUUUAGGCUUUGAACUUCGGCUUGUGUGUGUUCCCUGAUGGGCUUUCAGUUCCGGUUUUGUUUUGAAUGUCUUAAAAGAAAAGUUAAAUUGUGAAACCGAUUAAAAAAUAAAACGAAUUACACACGUA